AUGGCCAAUGAACCCGUGGGUAUAACAGCUGAAAAUCAGUUUCAGCAAUUGAUCACCCGUUCUGACAAUAACCCGAAACAAUUGCAAAUCGUCUACGAGGACCAUAGAAGCAAGAGAAAUGCCAUUUUCAGAAAUCAAAUCUGCCAACCUGGAUUCUGCGAAUGGAAAGAAGAUGGAAUCCUGUCCAAAGUCCUCGAUGCAGAGAAGGGGUUGACAGACUUCGUUGACCCGAGACAUAACCUUGCCUUUUGGGCACGCCCACCACAGCAUAUCCGUGACUUGGUCUACAAGAUCCAGCAAGAGAUUGGACCCUUGAUUGGACCUGGUCUCUGGCUUGUACCCCCGCAUCAUCUGCACAUGACCACGCUCGAGAUCAGGUCAUCACUAACAGGACCUGAAAUCAAUGAAAUCACAUCUUCUCUUGAGAUGACUGGGUCUGUAGCAGAGCUGGCAAACUACACUCUCACCCACCGUGCCCGCCUGGUCAAGCCAGUAAUCAGCUACGACACUUCUGCUAUAGCUCUGAGCUUUGUUCCUGCGGCUGGCGAGGAAGAUCACAGUGUGUAUAGUGGAAAAGAUGACCAGUUUACGUAUCACCAUCUGCGGAGUGAUCUCUACAACAUUGUGACUCAAUCUGGCUGUCCAAUCGCGGCUAGGUAUACCGUUCCUUCCGCACAUAUUACUAUUGCGCGCUUUAUUGCGCCUAGUGGUGCCAAAGAAGGAGAGUCAGACUCCCCGAAGGAAUUUGAGAAGAAAGCGUCGAGUCUUAUUGCCAAGAUUGAGGAUCUUAAUCAUGAACUCCGCUCAAAUGUGUGGUGGAGAUUGGGGGACCCAUCUCAAGGGGAAUGGGUGAUAGGUCAUGAAAAGGGGUUGGAAUUGAUGAAGGGCCGAACAUGCUAUCCGGCCAAGUCAGUCAAAAUGGUCAACAUUCCCAAAACCCGCCGGACGUACUGCAAGUCCAAGGAGUGCCACAAGCACCAACAGCACAAGGUCACCCAGUACAAGGCUGGCAAGGCCUCCCUCUUCGCCCAGGGUAAGCGCCGUUACGACCGGAAGCAGAGUGGUUACGGUGGUCAGACCAAGCCCGUCUUCCACAAGAAGGCCAAGACCACCAAGAAGGUCGUCCUGCGUCUCGAGUGCACUGCUUGCAAGGCCAAGAAGCAGCUCGCCCUGAAGCGCUGCAAGCACUUCGAGUUGGGUGGUGACAAGAAGACCAAGGGUGCUGCCCUCGUUUUCUAGAUUGUUCAAUUUCCUUGUUCGGCUUCUGGGUUUCCUGCAUUGCACAAAGUGCUUCGCUGUUUUUGCGGAGCAUAUAUGACAUUGGCAAUGGAAAAAUGAAAUAGGAAUUCAUCUAUUCAAAAACACCAUCUAUGACUACCGGAUUAUGAGUUGUCGAAUGAUUAUUCUUGCUUCACA